CCCAGGGACACCCAGAUGCAGAGGCACGAGGGAGGAGGGGCCAGGGAAGUCCACACAGCCCCAGCCCAAGAUUUCAGCCUUAUCUGUCCACGGGCCGAUGGGCGGGGCCAGGGACAGAAAUACAGGCUCCGGUGUCGGACCUCGCGUUCGUCCUCAGUGCAGGGCAACAGGCCCAAUAUGGCUUCCUUCCUACAGCGUUGCCCAGCCCUGGCCUGGGACAGAGUCACGUUCCUGAAGAAAAUAAGGCCCCAGCUGUUGCUCAAUGCUCAUCGCUGCCCUGUCAUGGUGGCCCGAGGCCUGGUCACAUCUAGCCCAGAGGGCAAGGAGGCAAAGGCCCAAGCUUGUGGGUCUCUUUCCCUGGCCAAGGGCCAGUGCCCCUUCAUGGAGUCUGAGCUCCAGACUGGGAAGAGCAACAUUGUGCUGAAGGCUGUGCCUGAGAUACUGGAGGAUGUCAAGCCAUUCAAACCAGUUCCGAUUACUUGUCUGGUCCAAGAGAUGCAGUCGAGCCUUAAGAAGCAACUCUGGGGCUCCGGAGACCAGAAAUUGACCACUGAGAAUAAGAUCACCCACCUCAUCAAGGACAAUAUGUCCGGAAGCCACACCUUUGGCUACGACGCCUUCUUUAGCCACAAGAUCGAAGAGAAGAAGAGAGACCACACUUACCGUGUGUUCAAGACCGUCAACCGCAGGGCCGACGCCUACCCCUUCGCCCGGGACUUUUCCGAAGGGGAGAGCUCGGGCACCAAGGAGGUGUCUAUCUGGUGCAGCAACGACUACCUGGGCAUGAGCCGGCAUCCCAGCGUGCUGCAGGCCACACAGGACACCAUGAAGCAGCUCGGAGUCGGAGCUGGUGGGACACGUAACAUCUCCGGCACGAGCCAGUUCCACGUGGAUCUGGAGCGCGAGCUGGCCGACCUUCACCACAAGGAUGCUGCCCUUCUCUUCUCCUCCUGCUUUGUGGCCAACGACUCGACCCUGUUCACCCUCGCGAAGACCCUGCCCGGAUGUGAGAUCUAUUCAGAUGCAGGCAAUCACGCCUCCAUGAUCCAGGGCAUCCGCAACAGUGGGGUUCCCAAGUUUGUUUUCCGGCACAAUGACCCCGCACAUCUGGAGGAGCUCCUGAGCAAAGCUGAGCCCCUGACACCCAAGAUCGUGGCCUUUGAGACGGUGCACUCCAUGGACGGUGCCAUCUGCCCCCUGGAGGAGAUGUGCGAUAUAGCCCACAAAUACGGGGCCUUGACUUUUGUGGAUGAGGUCCACGCCGUUGGCCUGUAUGGUUCGCGGGGUGCCGGGAUCGGCGAGCGUGAUGGCGUCAUGCACAAGAUCGACAUUGUCUCCGGGACCCUGGGAAAGGCCUUUGGCUGCAUUGGGGGUUACAUCGCCAGUACCCAUGACUUGGUGGACACCGUGCGCUCCUAUGCCGCCGGCUUCAUUUUUACCACCUCCCUGCCCCCCAUGGUGCUGGCCGGGGCUCUGGCCUCUGUGCGCAUCCUCAAGGGCAAGGAGGGCCAAGCCCUGCGACGCGCUCACCAGCGCAACGUCCGCCACAUGCGCCAACUGCUCAUGGACAAGGGGCUUCCUGUCAUCGCCUGCCCCAGUCACAUCAUCCCUAUCCGGGUUGGGGAUGCUGCCCUCAACAGCCAAAUCUGUGACCUGCUGAUCUCCAAGCACAACAUCUAUGUGCAGGCCAUCAACUAUCCCACAGUGCCCCGGGGUGAGGAGCUACUGAGGCUGGCACCUUCUCCUCACCACACCCCUCAGAUGAUGGACUACUUCGUGGACAAACUGCUUGAGGCCUGGAUUGAAGUGGGCUUGCCCCUCCAGGAUGUCCCUUCUGCCGCCUGCAACUUCUGCCAUCGCCCUGUGCACUUUGACCUCAUGAGCGAGUGGGAACGCUCCUAUUUCGGAAACAUGGGCCCUCAAUAUGUCACCGUGUUUGCCUGAUGGCCUGGGAGGGGGAGGGAAAGCUCCAGGCCCCUCCGGCCCCUCAGUCCCUUCCAGGGAGUGCGCUGGAUCUCUGCAAGGGCGGGACCCUCGUGGUCCCGCCUCUCUGUCAUCAGCAUAAUUUUCAUUUCAUUAAUGCUUUGAGAUUUGCAUUGAGCUUUCCUACCAGCCACUCCCACUCAGCAAUCAUCAGAGUUCAUGUAUUCCUUUGCUAAUCCAUAGAUAAUAAACUGCAUCCUAUA